AGGACGUGCAAAAGACGCGUUGUGUUCACUUGACGAGAUCGAACAACAUAUAGUCAACAUGGCCGUCACCGCAACUCAAGAGACAUUCGAGCACCUGCUGAGGAGAGGACCACCCAAUGGCGACAUUGCCUCUGGCUUGGACGAGCUGCGAUACAAGAUACUGAUCGACGGCUUACCUAGCAAAAGUGACGGCACGUCGGAGCUGCGCAUGUACGUAUGGCUCAUAUUGCUCAAUUCGCCACCCAUCAAGACCGAUGUCUAUCUCGACCUCGUCCAACAAGGUGCUUCGCCAGCAUACUCUAAAAUACGCAACGACACAUUCAGGACGCUUGCUACCGAUCCACUGUUCAGAAACCGGGUGACGGAAAAUAGCUUGACUAGGGUACUCAAUGCAGUCGCCUGGAAGCUUCAGGACGCGCAUGAAGCGCGAGUCAAUGGUUGGCUAUCUCCACCCACAAUGACCAUGGACGUUACUGCGAGUCCCGACAACACGGCGCGCAGCAGGAGCUCGGUGUCUGGAACGCAGGACGGAAGCCAGAUGGGAGACAAGACGGACUACGUAGGCUAUGUUCAAGGCAUGAACGUCCUCGCUGCCCCAUUCCUCUACGCAGCGAGAAGUGAAGCCGAGGCAUUCACCGCGUUUGACAGACUUGUGAGCACCGUCUGCCCGGGCUAUAUUCGGGGAAGCAUGGAAGGUGUGCACAAGGGUUUGGCGCUGGUAGACGAGGUCCUCCAGAUUUGCGAUCCCAAGUUGUAUCAUUGGCUGCAGCAUAAAGGCCUCCACGCGUCUAUCUACGCAUUUCCAUCCGUGCUGACGAUGUGUGCUUGUACCCCUCCUCUACCGGAAGUUUUACAACUGUGGGACUUCCUUUUCGCGUACGGGACGCACUUGAAUAUCGUCUGUAUCGUGGCUCAACUAGUCUUGAUACGUGACCAGAUUUUGGGCGCGGAGAGCCCUAACCAAGUCCUUCGCUCCUUUCCUCCACUUCAAGCCUCGAAGAUAAAAGCGUUGGCAAUCAGCUUUGUGCCCCGGUUACCAGAAGAACUGUACAACCGCUUAGUCGAGCAUGCCAAAUGAGAAAUAUCAUUAUGCCGCAUCUAACUUUUUUUUUUAGCACGUCACCGCCAAGUUGGUUGCACACGCGAAUAUUUAAUAUGAUUACAUCGAUGAACAGGAGCUGCGCAUGCAGGUGUCAGACCUGUUGCAUACCUCAAAAUAGUUGCAGAGCUCCGAGCAUAUGGGAGUCGGUAAAUAACCGGAAAACCCAGCUAUAUCAGGCAUUUAUAUUAUUGCAUCGUCUUUUGGGGAUGUGAGCAUCAAAGCCGGUAAAUGUAUUGUGACAGUACUUCUCUUUGAGGGGAAAGUGCGAGCGGCAAAACGAAUCCAGCUGCGAAUUUGACGCAAUUGACAAAAUUGCACCUGAGCUUUUAUUUUUCAUUUCUGACUUCAGUCUAAUGAAGUAACUGACAAUUCGCACUGCAACAGCCACUUCGAAGUCAGACCGAGACCAUUCUUUUGCACUGCAGUUUUUUGAACUAAUCACAAAGGAAAGCCAGGUCCGUGGACACGGCGAGCAUUCAAACUAAAUCCGAUGUAACAAAACGGCUGCGCCAACUGAGAUCAAUCUAAGAAGAAUUAUAUAUAUCAAACAUAAGAAACAGCGGUAAUCAGGCUGGUAUUUACAUUGGCUUGCGUGCCCAGCCGCUCAAAUACCUCCAAAAGGCACCGGUGUAAGAGCCUUCCUCAAGUGCUGCAGGAACACCCUCGAGAAGGCGAUCGGCUUCACGGCCCAUCUCCUUAUGCAGCUUAAGCAUCCAUCGUUCCCAUGCCCAUGAGCCGACCAGGCCAGAGAUAUGGCUUGCAUCUGCGGUAGUGCCUUGCCGGCCGUCAGCCUGAGCCAAGGGCAAAUUCAACCAAGCCCGGCGGACUUGUGCGAAUCCUGCACGGCGGAGACGAGGAAGCCACAGCUUGGUCGGCGCUGGAUCGUAACCACGUGUGCGGAGGUUGAAGCAGAACUCGACGCUAGUGGCGCAAGCCUGGUUACCACCACCGACAAUGUCUGCGUCUAAGAGGGCAAACUCGAGAUAUCCGCCUGGAGUGAGGACUCGCAUGCACUCGCGGAGGACAAGGUCAUAUUCGUCUCUUGAGCGACCAGAUGGUUUAUCAGUUUUCAGGAGCGUCAUCAAGUUACGGGCGGAGAUGACGUGGAAGGUGUUAUCGGCAUAAGGAAGGGUCCACAGGUUCGGCACAAGCUUAGUUCGGUGGUUGGGUGGCCCCUGUAUGGCGGGAUUGACGGACUGGUCGUGAGCAGUGUAUACUGUAGUAACUGUGCUGGACGGGUGCUCAAGCGCCACCUGCCACGCCCAGUCGCAGGAAGCAAGGCCACCAAGGUCGAGGACGCGGCCGUUUUCGAUCUUUGGCAUGAGCUUGCCGGUUGGGCUUGUGAGAAGGGAUCCACCAUUCAGCAUCUUUGUAGCUUCAAGAUUCCACGCGAUGGGCCGAAUCUCUUCGACAGCACGGCGCUGCCUAAGGGUAGCAGUGACAGCCUCAGAUUCUUCGGUAAAUUCCGGUCCAAACAUGUCAGAAGCCGGGCGGCGAGCCUCUGGCUCCUCCUUCUCGAUUUCGUAUUUGCCAUCGAGACGGCUCAAGUGGGUUGGGAACAGGCAUCUGCGAUCAAGGCGAAGCUUGUCGGUACGAACCUUGCGCUGAACAAAGGCAUCUUGGGGGCCUUUGCUCGAAGCGUAUUGUUUCGCAGCCUUUACAAAAAUGUCGCUCUUCUCGACCUUAGCCUGCUCAACCGGAGCCUGUUCUGGCUCUGGGUGAACGUCUUCAGCGAAGCGGACGGACUUAGGGGUCGGGAGAGAAACCGAUACCGCCUCCUCUUCAACAGUCUCUGCGAUUGUUGAGACAUGCUGUCUAUGGCUAUGGAGGCCACCAGAGGAGCUGUGGAUCGACAUAGAAUCGUCAGCGACAUAUCUCUCCUGCUGUUGAAGCCACAUGCUAGUGCGGUCAAAGUUACAUUGACCCAUAGCCUGAAGCUCCUCAGCAUAGUUGUCCUUGUACUCCGAUGAGUCGAACUGGGAAGACUCGUUUUGCGGAGCUGGAGCUGCAACUUGUGGAGAAGCAAGUGCAAUUCUACGAGCGGUUGGAGGGCCCUCCGUGAUGUUAUCAUCGACGUCGUACUCAAUAAUUCGCUCGUUCAUGCUCUCAGUCCAUGGUACGCCGUAAAAGCGCUCUGCAAUGCUAGUUGAUGGAGCAUCUUCCUGAGCAUAGAGCCAUGUAUUGCGCGAGGAUGGAUCCAAAGUGGAGAAAAAGCCGCCCGGGGAUGGAACAGAUAAUGCAGAAAGCUCGGCUUCAUCCGCAUCGGCGGGUUCGAUCGUUACGUCAAGAGCUAGAGAUGGACGCUGCUCACAUAUCUCUUGCAUCUCGCCCACAGCUUCGACUGGUUCCUCUAUUUCCUCUUCAACAUUGAUUGCCGUAAGCGUUUGAAGAGCCUGAGGGUGAAGCUGUACGGGCGUCGACCAUUCACGAUCGCUGCGAUCCAAAUCCGGAGUCGAUGGGCAGCUCAGGCUAGACAGUUCCUCAGAGGUGAGACUGCCAUCAAGCGAUGGGGCACUUGACGUGCUGGCCAUUGGUCGGGUAGCAAGAGCAGAAAGCAUCCUUGGGUUUGGUGAAACAAUCGCAGGUGAUCUAGUAUUGGGGGAAAGUAGUGGAGCGUGAAUGCUCUGUUUUUGGAAGUUUUUGAAAUUCUGGAUGGUCGGCCACGCAGUUGGUGACGGAAUAACGAGAGACGACAUGCGCUUUUGAAGUCGGGGUGUUGGUUCGCCGUUGCCGUUGGUCAGCUCGGAUGUGAAGCUGAUAGAGAUCUCGCUUGUAUCGUCGUCGCUCAUGUCAUACAAGUCAUCAAAGGCAGUCUGCGGUUCCUGCGGUGAGUCUUCAAUGAAAGUAGUUCGGUUGUGGUUUCGUUCCCGACGAAAACCUGAGAAUCGACUGGCGGGAAGGGUCUGGAGAGUAGCCAUUGAAUUAAG